CUGAUGUUGUGCUCGACAUUCACUUUCACACACACUGAGAAGCUGAACAAUGAAAGCUUUGUGAUUCAUUCAUAAUGUCAGUGAUCGUUUGUUUGUGUGAACAGGUGUGGAACUCCUACUUCAGCCUGGCGGUGCUGUACAUCAACCAGCCCAGUUUACAGCUGGAAAGCCUGAGUUCUGCUAAGAGGAAGAAGGUCUUAGACAAGUACGGAGACAUGAGGGUGAUGAUGACCUACGAACUCUUCAGCAUGUGGCAGAACCUUGGUGAGAAUAAGAUCCACUUCAUCCCCGGGAUGAUCGGCCCGUUCCUGGGAGUCACGCUGGUCCCUCAGGUGGAGGUACGCAACAUCAUGAUCCCCAUCUUCCACGACAUGAUGGACUGGGAGCAGCGCAAGAAUGGGAACUUCAAACAGGUGGAGGCGGAGCUGAUCGACAAGCUGGACAGUUUGGUGUCUGAGGGGAAAGGAGACGAGAACUACAGGGAGCUCUUCGGUUUGCUGUAAGAAACAUCUUCCUCAAAGUCUUCUCUCUCGCUCUCUCUCUCUCUCUGUCUCUCUCUCUCUCCG